AGUUUGACGUUUAGCAGUUAUGUGUUGCGUAUACAAGUGGCGUUAGGAGGCCGCUAGCCCCUUUCUGUGAUUUAGUUAUAUUUUUAAAUUAAAUUUUACAUUGCGUGUAUAAAUUACACCAUCGUUAAAAAUAAAUUUGUGAACGGUAUCCUUACGAAUGACAAUCGCGUGUUGAAGUUGACAUGUGGCAAUAAAAUAAACUUUCCUAAAGCUAAAUUAUUUUUUUAAAAUGUUUAGAAGUAAAAUAAGGAUACACACAUGUCGCAUAAUCCUUCUUACAUCCCUGGUGUGGUUGUUGGUGGAUGUAGCUAUUCUCACUUUAUAUUCCGACUGUUUCGGCGAUGGAUGCAAUAAGAAAACAACAAACGAAUAUGGCAUUAGUGAUAUGGUAGAACUGAAGGGUAAAAAAGCUGCAAUAGCAGCUGGCUUGCAAAGGGAUAUAGCUGAUGAUGACACAAAUAUUGAAGAGAAUGAGGUGGAGUCAGAUGUUGGUGAGGAUGGUCUGAACCUGCCUCCAUAUCCAAGAUCUAGACUGAAGAGAUGGAAGCGUGUUUCACCUAUUAAAGCCCAAGGAGAUUCUCCUGGUGAAAUGGGCAAGGCUGUAAACAUUCCAAUUGAGCAAGAGAAGGUGAUGUUGGACAAAUUUCAGGAGAAUCAAUUUAAUUUAAUGGCAAGUGACAUGAUCUCAUUAAAUAGAUCAUUGACUGAUGUGAGAUUUGAAAAAUGCAAAGAUAAGCCAUACCCAGAAUUGCUGCCAACCACAAGUGUGGUGAUAGUGUUUCACAAUGAAGCGUGGUCAACUCUGAUUAGAACUGUAUGGAGUACAAUAAAUAGAUCACCUCGUCCUCUACUCAAGGAGAUUAUAUUAGUUGAUGAUGCUAGUGAAAAAGAACAUUUAGGUAAGAAGCUAGAGGACUACAUAAAGACACUGCCCGUACCAACGAGGUUGUUCCGUACUGAAAAUCGUUCGGGACUCAUCAGGGCUCGGUUGCUUGGCGCGAAACACGUUAAGGGCGACGUUAUCACCUUCCUUGACGCGCAUUGUGAAUGUACUGAGGGUUGGCUAGAGCCGCUACUGGCCAGAAUAGUGGAAGACAGAUCGACAGUGGUGUGUCCGAUCAUAGACGUUAUCUCGGAUACAACGUUUGAAUACAUACAGGCAUCCGACAUGACUUGGGGCGGCUUCAAUUGGAAACUCAACUUCAGAUGGUACCGCGUACCAGAGCGUGAAAUGGCGCGAAGGGGGGGCGACCGAACCGCGCCGUUGCGCACGCCCACCAUGGCCGGCGGGCUCUUUGCGAUAGAUCGCGAUUACUUCUACAAGAUCGGCUCCUACGAUGAAGGCAUGGACAUCUGGGGCGGGGAGAACCUUGAGAUGAGCUUCAGGGUAUGGCAGUGCGGCGGCCGACUCGAAAUAAUACCGUGCUCUCACGUCGGCCACGUGUUCCGCGACAAGUCGCCGUACUCGUUCCCCGGCGGCGUGCAGAACAUCGUCCUGCACAACGCGGCGCGCGUCGCCGAGGUGUGGAUGGACGAGUGGGGGGAGUUCUAUUACGCCAUGAAUCCAGGUGCGUUGAACGUGCCAGUGGGUGACGUGACGGAGCGCAAGGCGUUGAGGGACAAGCUCAAAUGCAAGAGUUUCAGGUGGUAUUUGGAAAACAUAUACCCGGAGAGUCAGAUGCCGCUCGAUUAUUACUAUCUGGGAGAGAUUCGCAACGCUGAGACGUCCAAUUGCCUGGACACCAUGGGAGGGAAGGCGGGUCAACCUUUGGGUAUGGGAUACUGUCAUGGAAUGGGUGGGAAUCAGGUAUUCGCGUACACGAAACGCAAGCAGAUAAUGUCGGACGACAACUGCCUGGACGCGGCGCACCCGCGCGGUCCUAUCAAAUUGAUUCGCUGCCACGGGAUGCGCGGCAACCAAGAGUGGACUUAUGAUACGAAGACGCGCACAAUAAAGCACACGAACUCGGGCAUGUGCCUGGACAAGCCGGAGUCGUCGGACGUGUGGAAGCCGGUGCUGCGAGCGUGCAACCGGUCGCGCGGCCAGCAGUGGCUCAUGCAGCUCGACUUCAAGUGGCAGGCGCGCCGCCAGCCCGCGCCCGCCAGCUAGUCGCGCCCCGAUAUGACAACGAUAGACCACAACAGUCUUCCCCUAUCGUUAUAUAAUUAUUAGAUUUGAUCAUUUAUUCCUAUAACUAUAGUUUUGUAUCUACGUGACGUAUCGAUGCCCUGUGAAUCGUUGACAAUACAUGAAUAUGCUGUAUUCCCUAACGUUGCUCAAACUUAGAAUUGAACGUUUAGUGAGUUUGUUUUUGCUAUUCGAGAUUUAAUUAGGAAUAUUUCGUGUAAGUUGACGACCAUUACGUGAGGGUCACCGCACACGCGCUGUGAGUUGUGCGUUCGCCCUUAAUUCGAAGUGAUUAACGUUAAUACUUAUUUGUACUGAUUUUUACUAGUACGGCGUGCGAUAGUGAAUUUUGUAUGAGAUUGAAUGUGAUGUUAAGUCACAACGGGUGUGAUUUCAAGAAAUUUCUAUCACGAAUUUAUUAUAUGUAUUUAAAUCCAUUAAUUAUUUCGACUUGUUGCGUCGUCCCGUGUUUUAUUUUGCGGUUAUACUCUUCCAUGACUGCUGAAGUUAAAUGAGAUUAAAAAAACACAAUAGUGCACUUUACUGGUGUUCAUUAGAUGUGCGACUUUUUAAAGGAAAUCAAUAUAUAGUUUUAUAUAAGAAACUUAUCUACUAGAUUUUAACUUGUAGUUACUGUUAGUGAACUUUAUCCAUAAUAUUUAGCACGACCGUUGUCUGCAUAAUUUCUGUUUUAUAUCAUAGAAAAGCUAGGGCAAAAUUUUUCAUAUUCAUCGCUUGAAUAGUUCGUUUCUGACUCCGAUGUUUUUAUAUUAUGUAAUAAUCUUUCUGUCUUACGCGAUUAAGUUUUAUUUUCUUUCUAGCUUUAUUUUCUUAUAAUUUUUGUUUAAGUCCUUUUCAAUAUAAACUGCCAGUGAAACGGUCUUCGUAAUUCCUACUUAUCUAUUGAACUAUAAAUUCUUUUAUAUUAAUAGAUGAAUGUUAUAUUGUGUGGUUGUUAUAUCAUAAUUUUAAUUUUGUUGCGACAUUGCAAGCUUGAUUCAUUAUUCAUAUUCUAUAGAUAUUAUGUGAUUUAUAAUGUAAAUAUUAUUGUUAAAUCUGCAAAAAAUAUAACAAAUAUAUUUAUAUCAGUUUUACCGAGGUUAACUGUUUUUAUCGGAAUCACGCUUCGAUUAUUCGCAUGUAUCGAUUACAUGCAUUUAUUUAUGCGUAAUCGAUUAUACACAGCAAUCAAAUGCGUGUAUUGGAUAAUAUUAUAUAGAUGCGGGUUAGCGUGUCGCAAAUAAUUGUAUAAUGGUUGACAUUUUAUAAAUUCCUUCUUAGCUUUGUAACAAAUGGAAUUGAUGCACAUUUUGAAUUUAAAAUCAAUAUAAGUAAUAACGUUUCAUUAGUGCUUUUUCAUUGUUGCUUAAUUCUUAAUGAGUGAUUUUCGUUUUUUUUUUCGACCAGUUUUACAUUUUUUUUGCAAGUUUGACAAUAAUAUUGUAAUUGUAACUGUUGCCUUAAUUUAUAUGUCUCAAAUAUCUUGUACUAUUACAAAUGUUGAAUUUACAACUCUUUAUAUGAUGUAAGAACGAAUGAGAAUAAUUUUAGUGCAUAUCGAGUAGAGUAAAAGGGCUGAAUGGAAUUGCCUAUAUUAUAGUUCUAUACUAGGAAUAAAUAUAUUUUAUAAUUAUAUAUGACGGCCCUCAAAACGGUGUUAUAUAGGUCAAUGGAUACGGCGCUGCGAAAGUUUCUACGUGUUAACCUCUCUUUAUGAAUAAUAACGUUAUUUUCUUAUAAAUAACAUUAUUGUUGUGAAAACUAAAAUAGAAACUUUGGUAUCGCCAGUAUAGAAACGAGAUUACAAUGAUACUGAGGAUAUCUAUAUAAAUGUUAAAAUUGACGAUACUAACGAAUUUUAUUUACGUUUGAGAUUCAUUCGAGUUAGUGAUUUUUAUUUACGAUUUUAUUGUGAAAUUUGGCAUAAUUUAUUUAUUAUAG